AUGCGCAACUACUACGCUACCCGAGAUUUACCACAACCUCCCUCACAACAAGAACCAUACCCGACACCCUACCUCGGCCUUCGAGCGAAUCUCUCCCAGACAUGGAUCAACCGCUGGACUAUCCUCCUCCUUCUCGUCCUCGUCCGCACCCUCUUCGCCGUCGCCGGCCUGAACAACGACCUCGCCCAAGCGCGGAAAGAGGCCCUCAGCAUGUGCACCUCGGUGGAAAACGUCGGCUCGGCCAUGGCCAGCAUGCCCUAUUACAUGGCCCAGGGUGCCAACGAACUCACGGCACAGGGCAUCGAAAAGGCUAUCAACGGCCUCAUGCAGUCUCUGCUCUUGAUGAUCACCGGCGUCGAAGACAUCGUUGUCUUCAUCAUCAACUUCCUCACCCAAAACUACAUCUGCUUGAUCACGUUUGCCGUGACUGGCAGCCUGCACGCUGGCAUCGCCAUCGCCGAAGAUGUAGGAGGCGCCCUCAACGCCACGGCAAAGGGCAUCGGAGACGACCUGGGCGAUGCGGCAAGCGAUUUCGAAAAGGCCAUGAACGGCUUCAUCGCAGACAUUGACAAAAUUGGCAGCUUCCUGACCGGCGACAAGCUCACGCCUCCCACCAUAGAUCUGACCAGCGAGAUCAGCAAGCUGCAAAGCCUGCAGCUUCCCCCUGGCUACGACUCGGAUCUUCAAAAGCUCAACGCCUCCAUCCCCACCUUCGCUCAGGUGCACAACCUCACCCAGACGGCCAUCGAAUUCCCGUUUGAGGAGGUCAAGAAACUGCUCAACGACGCCUUGCCAACAUACACCGUGGAUCGCUCAAUCUUCCCCGUGCCCCAGAAGAAGCAGUUGACAUUCUGCUCCGACAACAACGGCAUCACCGACUUCUUCGACGAUCUGGUGGACAUCGCCAUGCUUGCGAAAAAGGUCUUCCUCAUUACUCUCAUCGUCCUCGCCGCCCUGGCAAUGAUUCCGAUGGCGUGGAAAGAAAUGAGGCGCUGGCGAUUCACCAAAGAGCGAGCACGCCUGGUCAAGAGCGAUGCCUUCGACCCCCUCGACGCUGUGUAUAUCGCUUCAAGACCGUACACAUCCACUUUUGGUCUCAAGAUCGCGGACAAAUUCAAGUCUCGUCGCCGGCAGAACCUCGUGCGCUGGACCGUUGCCUAUGCUACCACCAUACCCGCUCUCUUCGUGCUGUCUCUUGGCGUUGCCGGCCUCCUGGGCUGCGCAUGCCAGUAUAUCCUCCUCAAACUCAUUCAAAAGGAGGUGCCGAAGCUCGAAAAUCAAGUCAUUGGGUUCGCCGAUCGCGUCAUCAACGACCUGAACGACGCCAGUGAGCAGUGGGCCGACGGAGUCAACGACAUCAUCACCGACACCAGCAACAAGAUCAAUCACGAUGUGUUUGGCUGGGUCAAUACCACGACUUCGGCCGUCAACAACACGCUGAACAUCUUCGUGAACGAGACAAUUCAUGUCCUCAACGAAACUUUUGGCGGUACUGUCCUGUACGAGCCGAUCCUGGACGUCUUGAAUUGUCUGGUGUUGAUGAAAGUGCAAGGCAUCGAGAAAGGCCUGACCUGGGUCAGUGAUCACGCGCAUGUCGACCUCCCCAUGCUGCCGAACAACACCUUCUCCCUGGGCACCAUUGCAAAGGUGUCCGGGUCGGAGGCAGACAUUCUGGCCACCGGCCCCAACGGCGGCGCGGCAGAUGCCAUCACCGCAGCCAUGUUUCACGUGAUCAACUUUGUUCAAGACGGCAUUCGGCAAGAAGCCAUCAUCUCGAGCUGUGUCGUGCUGAUCUGGGUCAUUAUCGCGCUGGUUGGACUUUUCCGUGCGCUCGUCUUCAUGCUCAAGGGCGGUGAUGACGAUGCUUGGGAAGCGAACCUCAAACCCUCCGAGGAGUCUACACCCGAGAAACGUCCACGAAACGGUCUUCUCAGAAUUCCGACUUACAAACAAGCGACCCACAAUCGCGACGUUCCGACCGUGGAGAUUCACAGCGCGACAUCUCCAAUCAUCAACACUGGAUUCAGCCCACACAGCGAGAAAUUUGGAUCCGUCAAUGGCCAGGUCGUCGACGCUGCGAUCCGCAGACCAGUUCAUGUCCGCGCAUCCAGCCACGGCCACUACGAAGUCACGUCACCCGAGCAUGCCUUCAGUUCGAAUUACCUACAGUCCACCCAAAAUCCAUUCGCCGAUCCCGUUCGUCGAGGCGAGCAGUCAUGA